CAACAAUCUAUACCCCAACUGUGGCUUGAAGAUGAAGUCAAAGUUAAAAAUGCUACCUGCAACUAUCCUGUUGAAUAUCUGGGAUACACUGAAGUUUUUGAAUCUAGAGGCGUUGUUGUGUGUGAAAAAGCAAUCAGGGCUCUGAAAUCUCAAACAAGGAGAAGAUGCAAGAAGGCUGUGAUUCACAUUUCAGGAGAUGCUAUUAGAGUUGUUGAUGAAAUAAACAAGGUGUUGCUGGUUGACCAAACUCUUGAAAAGGUUUCCUUUUGUGCUCCUGACCGAAACCUAAAUGAGGGUUUUGCUUACAUUUGUCGAGAUGCUUCUACUAAAAGAUGGCUAUGUCAUGGCUUCCUUGCUAUCAAAGAUUCUGGAGAUAGAAUUAGUCAUGCCUUGGGGACGGCAUUUGCUGUUUGUCUCGAAAGGAAAGUUAACAGAGAGAAAUUGUUAGCCUCU